AUGACUGGUGUCGAAGCUGCUGCCAUAUCUGCUGUAGCAUCUGGAAUAUUAAAGAUUGUGGGAAACAAGUUAGCACCACUGGUGAUAAGAAAGUAUACCUCUACAGUGGGUGUGCAAAAAGAUCUCCAGGAGCUUCAGGUCCUAGUUGAGGAUAUAAACUCUUGGCUGGAAAGCGCAGGAUAUCAAGCUUUGGGGGAUGAUGCAUCAUUUAGUUGGUUUAAACAGUUGAAAGAUGUUGCUUACGCUGUUGAUGAUGUUGUCGAUGAGUACCAGCUGAAGGCUGAGAGAAAUGAUGCUUCUGGUGAUGGUGGUAUUGUGUCCAGAUAUAUGCGUAGAAAACCAGAAUCGUUCAUAUUUCAUUGUAAGGCAGCUAAGAAGAUCAAGGCAAUCAAGAAGAGAUUUGCUACAAUUGUGAAGCAAAGAGCCAACAUCAAUAUAAUAGCUACUAGUUUACCUGGUGGUCGUCAUUCUGUUUUCCAUAUAAACAAGACAGCUGUGGGGCUGUCGUCAGUGCCUGCCAUGGAUGCGGCAUUAAUACUCGGAAGAGAAAUGGAGAAGCACCAGCUAAUAUCUAAAUUAAUUGAAACCAGUGACCAACAAAAAACCAUGAUAGUCUCCAUUGUUGGACUUGGUGGAUCUGGCAAAACUACCUUGGCUAAACUUGUUUUCAAUGAUGGUAACACUAUAGCAAAGCAUUUUAAAGUUAGACUAUGGGUUCAUGUGUCACAAGAAUUUGAUUUUGAAAGUAUUGUUGGGAAGCUGUUUGAAGCUAUUGUCCAUGGCAAGUCUGAAUGCCAUAACUUGCAGCAUAUGGUCAAAAGAAUAUCAGACGAGUUGACUGAAAAGAUGUUCUUGCUUGUACUGGAUGAUGUUUGGACUAAGGACCGAAUUGAGUUGGAACAAUUUAUGGUACUUAUGAGGAGCGGUGGAUCUGGAAGCAGGAUUUUACUAACUACUCGCAAUAGCGAUGUUGCUGAAGCAGUGGAAUCUGCAUAUCUAUUUAACCUGCCACUCUUGUCUUUGGCUGACAGCUGGCAACUAUUUCUUCAAAGCUUUGGUAUGACGGUGGAAGGUUUGGACAGAGAAUUCCUAGAUGUUGGAAAUGAGAUUGUAAACAAAUGUGGUGGGGUGCCGCUAGCAAUUAAAGAUGUGGAAGAAAAUUAUUAUGGGAGAGUGACAUGCAAGAUGCAUGAUUUGAUUCAUGAUCUUGCACACUCCAUACUAAAAGAUGAAAUUUCACUUGAUGUGCCAAAGGAGGGAACCAGCUUGACAAAGAGCUACCGAUACUUUUCAUUAACUAAACAUACAAGAAUUCUUCCAUCCAAAUGUCCUUUCGGAAAGGCACGUGCUAUUUAUGUUAACAAUGGUGAUGAUACUAUAUUUGGAAGCACAUUGCAGAAUGCGAAGCAUUUACGUAGUAUCACUAUGGAAUCUAUGUUUGUGGCAGCAAUUCCUAGUGCCAUAUUCAAGGUGAAAAUUUUGAAAUAUCUUGAGAUUUCAAGGCUGAAAUGUGAAGCACUCCUGGAAGCCAUUUCAAAUUUCUGGACCCUGCAAGCUCUUCACAUGGCAUCCAGUGAUCUCCUCGAUUUGCCUAAAACCAUUGCACAUGAGGCAGGUGAGGUGGACUUGGACCUGGAAUGGAUGGCACAUGAGGCAGGUGAGGUGGACAUGGACCUGGAAUGGAUGGCACAUGAGGCAGGUGAGGUGGACAUGGACCUGGAAUGGAUGGCACAUGAGGCAAGUGAGGUGGACAUGGACCUGGAAUGGAUGGCACAUGAGGCAGGUGAGGUGGACACUGAGUUGGAGCAGGCUGUACUUGAUGGUCUAGAACCACCACCACAGAUUAAAGAGUUGAAAAUUAAUGGGUAUUCUGGUAGCCAAUACGCAGAGUGGAUGCAGAAUAAAGUGAGUGGCAGAGUACAGGGGCUUGUUCACUUCCCAUUUUUUAGGGUGGUGAAGUUAUAUGAUUUUCCUAACUUGAAGCAUCUACAUGGGCUUGUGGAGCUGCCUUGUUUGGAUGACCUUGAGCUGCGAGCAAUGCCUUCUCUUGAGAGCAUAAGCGGAGGCCCAUUUCCUUCCCUGUUGAAGUUAGAAAUGGAUAAACUGCCUAGUUUAGGAGAAGUGUGGUUGGUAGCUGAGAGAACCAUACCUGAUGGUGAAGAAGCAGGCCGCAACAAUCGCACACCUGACUUAGGACAAGUCCGUGUUGGUAAUUGCCUGUCAUAUAUGUUUAUACUAGACUGUCCUAAGUUGAAGUUCAAGCCACACAUGCCUUUGUCACUGGAGAACCUGCAGUUGUCCGAGAGCAGCGAGCAACUGCUGCAAUCGCCUGCAGACCAAUGCCUGGGGUCCUCUUGCUACUCUAAUUUCAGCCACCUGAAGAAGCUUGGGCUAUGGGGGGAUGACAGGACUAGGAUUUGGACGUGGGUGGGAGCUGCUGUAACACUUGACGACACUCGAGUCAUUGGAGAUCAACUCCUCUCUUGUGCUAACCGAGCUGCCAGAGAGCUUGCGGAGCCUCACGUCCCUCCGGUCUCUGAGCGUGUUCGCAUGCUCAGCUCUUCUCAUGCUGCCCGAGUGGGCCUCACCUCCCUUCAAGAACUCUGGAUCAGUGAUUGCCCGGGCGUCGCAUCCUUACCGCAAGGGGUGAAAUGCCUCUCCUCCCUUGAAAAGCUAAUCGUCAAUGGCUGCCCGGGAAUCAAAUCAUUGCCCGAGGACAUAAAAAGCCUCACAACUCUGAUGGAGUUGCGGAUCCAUAGGUGCCCUAAUCUGGAGAGGCUCUGCGAGAGAGGAAAGGGGGAGGACUGGCACCUCAUCUCCCACAUCCCUAAUUUGAGGAUUUGGCGAUGCGCGGCUGCCUUCCAUGGCAUCAUCUGGUGA